AUGAGCAAGGCUGGGCAAUCUCUGAAAUGGGUUCUCUUGGAUUUGAUUCACCAGUGCAACGACUUGAGAUCCUUCAAGCAAAUCCAUGCGCAUCUAUUGACUUCUGCCCUUGUUGCCAAUGACUUGGUUGUUACCAAAGCUGCAAACUUUUUGGGAAAACAUGUAACUGAUGUACAAUACCCAUGCAAUUUCCUGAAGCAAUUUGAUUGGGGUUUGAGUUCUUUCCCUUGUAAUUUGCUGAUUUCUGGCUAUUCCUCUGGCCACUUACCCUGGCUUGGAAUACUGAUUUAUAGAUGGACUGUUAGGAAUGGUUUUGUGCCUGAUGUGUACACUAUCCCAGCAGUUCUAAAAUCUUGUGCUAAGUUUGCUGGGACUGGAGAGGUUAAACAGUUUCAUCCUCUAACUGUUAAGACUGGUUUGUGGUGCGACAUUUAUGUGCAAAACACUCUUGUCCAUGUCUAUAGCAUUUCUGGGGACAUUGUUAGUGUUGACAAGGUGUUUGAUGACAUGCUUGUGAGAGACGUGGUCUCUUGGACUGGUUUGAUAUCUGGGUAUGUAAAGGCUGGGUUGUUUAAUGAGGCCAUUGGAUUAUUUUUUAGGAUGGAUGUGGAACCUAAUGUAGCAACCUUUGUCAGCAUACUUGGGGCUUGUGGGAAAUUGGGGUGUUUAAAUUUGGGGAGAGGGAUUCAUGGGUUGGGUCUGAAAUGUCUGUAUGUGAAGGAGUUGGUGGUAUGCAAUGCUGUGUUGGAUAUGUAUAUGAGGUGUGAGUCUGUUACUGAUGCAAGGCAAAUGUUUGAUGAGAUACCUAAUAAAGAUAUUAUUUCUUGGACUAGUAUGAUAAGCGGGUUAGUGCAGCGUCAGUGUCCCAGGGAAUCACUAGACUUGUUCUGUCAAAUGUUGGUCUCAGGUUUUGAGCCAGAUGGAGUUUUACUAACUUGUGUGCUUUCUGCUUGUGCCAGCCUUGGGCUUCAUGACUAUGGCAGAUGGGUCCAUGAAUACAUUGAUCGUCGCCAUAUCAAGUGGGAUGUUCAUGUAGGAACUGCAUUGGUUGACAUGUAUGCAAAGUGUGGUUACAUCGACAUGGCGCAGCGUAUUUUCAGUGGAAUGCCUUCCAGAAAUAUCCGUACUUGGAAUGCCUAUAUAGGUGGUCUAGCAAUAAAUGGACAUGGGAGGGAAGCAUUGAAACUAUUUGAAGAUUUGGUUGAAUCCGGUGCAAGGCCUAAUGAAGUGACAUUUCUUGCUGUUUUUACAGCUUGCUGCCAUUCUGGUUUGGUCAGUGAAGGCCUGAAGUAUUUCAAUGAGAUGUCAAGUCCCCUCUACAAUCUUUCUCCCUGGUUAGAACACUAUGGAUGCAUGGUUGAUUUACUCAGCAGAGCUGGACAGGUGGGGGAAGCUGUGGAGUUAAUAAAGACAAUGCCCAUGCCCCCUGAUGUGCAGAUCAUAGGAGCUCUUUUGAGUGCCUGUAAUAUAUAUGGGAAUGUUGGAUUUACCCAUGAAAUGUUGAAAUCACUGCAGAAAUUUGAAUUCCAAGAUAGUGGCAUAUACGUGCUUCUUUCUAAUCUGUAUGCCACUAACAAGAAAUGGGCUGAUGUGAGAAGUGUUAGGAGAUUGAUGAAGCAGAAAGGAAUAAGCAAGGAACCUGGUUCUAGCCUUAUAAGGGUGGAUGGUAAGAGUCAUGAAUUUUUAGUUGGAGAUAAUAGUCAUCCUCAAAGUGAGGAUAUUCACGUACUAUUAAACAUGCUUACCAAUCAAAUCCACUCUGAGGGGCAUAUUAAUACCCUUUGUUGA